AUGACGCGCGUAGUCAGCGAUAACAGCAGAGUCAACGGCACGAGCUGGGAUUCCAGCGAGGUCCCGGGGAUGGACAGAACGCGAGCCAAGUCUUCAAGGGCCAUCUUGAGGAACGACACAGAGAGUGGGGACCAGCAGAAGCCGCAGACUGUGCCCAGCCAGAGGGCUGGGAGCAGCAUGGAGCUGAGGACUGAGGCCACCUUACCUGGGCGCUCGAGCGUGAGGAGCAGGGGACGCUGGGAGAUUCUGAACAAUUCUGUUCUCGGGCCCUUCAGGAGUGAACUGAAAGAUGGGAAAGAACGAGACUUUCAGGUGACAUUUGAAGCAUCGGCUGGCCAAUUAGCUCCUGUGAGACAGAGCUCUUCUCUUACCAGGAGGACCGUGGCAGUACUAAGUGCCCGGGAACGGAUGCCCCAUGGCAGGUGGUGGUUACAGCGCAUCCCCCACAUCCGGGUCCCUGAAGACGCCGGCGGUAGAGCCGGAAGGAGGUGGACUUCACUGCCGUCCAGCAGUGACGCGCGGUGGGAGGCGUCCUCCGAACGCCCGGUGGGAGGCGUCCUCCGCCACACACCUGGAGUAGGGCCGAGGCUCAGAGAGAGGCUUCCGGGGAGAGUCAUGACCCGGAGCCUCACAGGAGGCCGAGACCAGCCCUGCAGCAAAGAAGCAGCGAUGGGGUGGCUGACCAGCUGGCGGCCAGGGGUGCUGUCGUCUGUGCGGCUGCGGAAAUCAGCAGCAACCCUGUGA